UUCCUAUGAGAAGACCGGUCUGCAGCAGUAUUAUCCGGGAAGUGCCUGCAGCUCUCCUGGAGGGCGCUGGUGGAUUCAGGAUGGGGCACAAGGCCAAAUGGAUGCUGAAAAUUGAAAAAGCGAAUAUUCUUGACUGUGACGUCAUUGUUCAAGUUUACGACACUUUUUUGAGUCCAAAAGAUGCAAAGUCGGUGCUGACAAUGAGUUGUGCAAGUCCUGAUCCUGGGGUCAUCUACAUCAACUCCUCAACUUUAACUGUCAGGUUAAAACACAACAACGCUACCGACUACACUUUCUCCAUCAUCGCCACCGCCAGGAAAGUCUCCAGCAAGCCUGAUGUGGCAUGCCAAGGGUUCAAGUGUGAGUCUGGGCCCUGUGUUGCCAAAUCACUGAUCUGCGACGCCGUGGACAACUGUUUUGAUUACAGUGACGAAUCCAUCAAUGGGACAGCCUACUGUGAGGCUGGAUUUUGGCCAUUCCAGGGAGAGAACUGGGGAGUGCUAGCUAGCGUCCUUGGAGCAGCUGUAGUGCUGGGGAUCACAGCCGCUUGCUGUCGUCACAUUCGAGGCAAACGCAGGAGCUCUAUAGAUGAACUUUAUGAACGCAAUGAGGGUCCUUAUGUCCAUAAAUACGCAUAUCGCUACGCCAUAAUACGACCUCCGAAGAAACCUAACCAGACCAAUGUGGUUCUAGGCAGAGAUGGACAUAUGCAUUACAACGCCACCACUGUGUGA